AUGGAGGUUGCUGUCCCGAGAAUUACGAUUGCGCCAAAGAAAGCUGUCAAGCGACAACGAAGGGCCCCUCAACAUGUGGAACAAAGAUUGGUUGGCAUGUUUGCGAUCCGGUCUACGGAGGUGGUUGCUGCCCAGACGGUUAUUUGUGUGAAACUGCGGAUGGAUGUGUUCCGCCAUCUGGAUCACCUUAUACAUACGGAUGCCCAAGCAGCCAAUAUCUCUGCCCAUCGUCAUUAA